CUUUUCAAACCGUGAUUACACGCUCUCUUUCUCUUUCUCUUUCUCUCGCCCUUCCGCCAUUGUUGUUGAUUCUCCAAGCUCUCCAAGCCCUUCAAUGAGGUCAGCUAGUUCAAAGUCCAGUCUUCUCGUCCUCGUCGUCGUCCUUCUCUUAUUGACCUUGCUUUAUGAUCACAACUCUUGCAACGCAUCGUUGAUCGACCCGACGAAAUCGAAGCAGAUCUCAUGGAAGCCAAGAGCUUUCGUCUACCGCGGUUUUCUCACGGACCAAGAAUGCGACCAUUUGAUAUCUCUUGCGAAGUCAGAGCUGAAGCGAUCGCAGGUGGCUGAUAAUUUGUCUGGAAAAAGCACGCUCAGUGAAGUUCGGACUAGCUCUGGGAUGUUCAUUGCAAAGGGAAAGGACUCUAUUGUUUCUGGUAUUGAGGAUAAGCUUGCUGCAUGGACAUUCCUCCCAAAGGAAAACGGUGAGGACAUUCAAGUCCUGAGAUAUGAGCAUGGCCAAAAAUAUGAUCCUCAUUAUGAUUAUUUCACUGACAAAGUAAACAUUGCCCGUGGGGGUCACCGUAUUGCGACUGUGCUUAUGUAUCUAACAGAUGUUGUAAAAGGUGGUGAGACAGUUUUCCCAGCGGCCGAGGAGACCUCCCAUCGUGGUUUGAACAUUAUGGAUGAGGAUCUAUCGGACUGUGGUCGACGCGGCAUUGCAGUGAAACCACGGAGAGGAGACGCACUUCUUUUCUUCAGCCUUCAUCCCGAUGCCACCACGGAUCCAAACAGUCUACAUGCAGGAUGCCCGGUGAUAGAAGGUGAAAAAUGGUCAGCAACAAAAUGGAUUCAUGUAGCACACUUCGACAAAAUUUACGGGAAUGACAGUGACUGUAAAGACCAGAACGAUAGUUGCGAGAGGUGGGCGGCGCUUGGAGAAUGCACAAAGAACUCUGAAUACAUGGUCGGAACAACAGAUUUGCCCGGUUACUGCCGAAGAAGCUGCAAUGUUUGUUAGAAAUAGGCUUGCGGCAAUUCAUCGAUCUCAAGACCUCUUACUUUGUAUUUCAGUCCAAAUCAUUUACUUUAAUUUCUUUACCUCAUUUUGGUUUUACUGAGAACAUGUGGAAGAACAGAAAUAUAUAGUGAUGGCUACAAAACUCAAGUUGCAUUGGAAGCUCAUGUAACUCUAAAUUUGUAUUUGGUUAUUCAUGUUAUCAAAUAUAAUAGUUUUUUGAAGUUC